AUGUCUUUGGUUCCGAAAUAUGGGAUGCACGAUACUGUUGGCGCUAAUUUCAUCGUUCGAGAGGGUUGGCGGUUACCAUUGUACGGAGAAAUGAAAGUGGUGUUCUUUGUAUAUCUUUGGUACCCUAAAACGAAGGUAAUUAAUACAACAUGUAUUGAGACGUUGUUGAAGCCAUACAUAGCUCAACAUGAGACAGAGAUUGAUAGAAAGAUUAUGGAGUUGCGAGCUAGGGCUUGGGACUUUUUCAUCUUCUACUUCCACAACUUUUCCAAGGCUGGUCAAGCCACCUUGAUCCAGGCUUUUCAGAACGUACUCGCCCAAUCAGUCCUUUUCUCGGCCGCAGCUAACCAGCCGCCGCCGAUGGAGACGAAUGUAAACGUGAAAACGCGAUCACCGGUGGAGACGGAGAGUGAUCCGCACUCACCUCCCGCUCCAAGACCGUUGAACAAAACGCUAUCUGCGUUGAGAUCGCUAGAGAAGCAAACGAGCAGAGGGAGGAAGUGGCCACCACCAACACCAGGACGAGAUUCAGCCAACGGAGAUGAAGGAGUCAACAUUCCUGAUACACUUCCGGGUUCACCUAUCAUAGAUGCUCGUGCUAAGCUUCGCCGUUCUAACUCUAGGUCUCAGGCCGCAUCAUAG